AUGGAGUUACCGGUUGUAGAUCUGUCGCGCUACCUACAGCUCUCCGGUGGCGAAUCGGUUUCUCAUCUGGAAACGGAUGUCCUCGACUCUUGCCGAGAGGUGAGUCGGAUCCUGAGAGAAACCGGAGCUCUUCUGGUCAAGGAUCCGAGAUGCAGCGCCGAAGACAACGAUCGGUUCAUCGAUAUGAUGGAGACGUUUUUCCAGAUGCCCGAUGAUUUCAAGCGGUUGCAAGAGAGACCUAAUCUUCACUAUCAGGUUGGUGUGACGCCAGAAGGAGUUGAAGUGCCAAGAAGCUUGGUUGAUGAAGUGAUGCAAGAAAAGUUCAAGGCUAUGCCGGAAGAAUACAAACCACACACUCCUAAGGGACCAGAUCACAAGUGGAGAUACAUGUGGAGAGUGGGUCCUCGUCCAUCUAACACACGCUUUAAGGAGCUGAACUCUGAGCCUGUGAUACCAGAAGGUUUUCCGGAAUGGAAAGAAAGAAUGGACUCAUGGGGUUACAAGAUAAUAUCAGCUGUAGAGGUUGUUGCUGAAAUGGCAGCAAUCGGGUUUGGUUUGCCCAAGGAUGCAUUUACAUCAAUCAUGAAGCAGGGUCCUCAUCUUCUUGCUCCAACGGGAAGUGAUCUCAACUGUUACAACGAGGAGGGAACGAUAUUUGCAGGAUAUCAUUACGACCUCAACUUUCUAACAAUUCAUGGAAGAAGUAGAUUCCCUGGUCUAUACAUUUGGUUAAAGAACGGUGAAAAGGUUGCGGUUAAAGUUCCCGUAGGCUGCCUCUUGAUUCAAACUGGAAAACAGAUAGAAUGGUUGACUGCUGGAGAAUGCAUAGCCGGAAUGCAUGAAGUAGUUGUCACUAGCAAGACUAUAGAUGCAAUCAAAUUAGCAAAAGAACAAAACCGGAGCUUGUGGAGAGUAUCGUCAACUUUGUUUGCCCACAUUGCCUCUGAUGCGGAGCUGAAACCUUUGGGGCAUUUCGCGGAAUCACCACUGGCGAGUAACUAUCCGGCGAUACCCGCAGGAGAGUAUGUUGAACAAGAGCUCUCUGUCAUCAAUCUAAAAGGAAAGCAGGGAUUUUCAUAG